AUGGUGGCAACAUCAUCAACUUCACGGACAGCGUCCGUGAAGCGUGUGAAGAAAGGAACAGAGACAACGAAGUCGCAUCGGUUCGAACCGUUCUCUCAGCGUGUCGCGAAAUUGAAGAUCGACCCGAUUCAUCGAGUGCGCCGUCCGAGCUUUGGCGAAGAAGGAGAAGGAGAUGGAGAUGAGACGUCUUCGUAUUUUCGGUCGGCGUUUGACCACUGGAUUGAGCUGAACCUCUCGGACAAUUUUUCGCAAUUCGCACGAAAAGUCAACCCGCUAUGUGAAAGUCUUGCCCAGAUUUUAUACCACGAGGACAAGAUUAUGGGAUUACUGGUGGAAUAUAUUGAGAAGAGGGACCAGCUUUCUAUUGAACCGCUGCUAACACUGCUUGCUCAAUUUGCGAGAGAUCUGGGGGUCCGCUUUGAGAAACACUUUGCUACCGCCGUAACUCUCGUGGCGUCCGUCGCAGCCACUCAUCCUGAUGUCGAGGUUGUCGAAUGGAGCUUUACAUGCCUGGCAUGGAUCUUUAAGUUUCUUUCUCGUCUGCUUGUCCCAGAUUUGAGACAGCUUCUGGGCAUCAUGACACCCUACCUCGGAAAAGAACGCCAGAAGCCAUUCGUCGCUAGAUUUGCCGCCGAGUCAAUGUCAUUCCUCAUUCGAAAGGCCGGACUCGUAUACUACAAAAAUAAGGCUCCAUUACAGCAUGCAGUUUCAUUCUUGCUUGACGACUUGCACCAGGCGGCUGCGGAUUCGAAGGAUGUGGAGACGUACAAGGAAGGGCUGAUGGCUAUGUUCUCGGAUGCGGUCAAGGGUGUCAAAGGCGGGCUACACUCGAACGCAACCGAUAUUCUCAACUGUCUCCUUGAUAAUGCUCCGACCGGCAAUGAAUUGCGCAGCAGCUUAGCAGUCGAGGUUGUAAGCGGGGUACUUAUUAACGUCAAUCACAAUACGACUGCCGACACAUACGAACCAAUCGUCGAGACGAUCAAUUCCUAUAUCGAAGCCAAUCGCAAGAAGUCCGACAAACAACACGCAAACUUGUACUGCCGUUUGAUGUUCAUCUGUGUUUGUACCCGCAAAGGGUCACGUAUAAAGAACUGGAAGCCCGUUCACCAGACUCUGUUGCUCUUGCUUCAGAAGGCCUCGGCUGCGCCUGGCGCGUAUGCCGAUUCGAUCCCUCAACUUCUGACAACCGUGGCAUACGCACUCCAGGUGUCUCCUAUGGACGAGAUGUUACCGUUCAUGCGCCCGCUCAUGGAUGCUGUCGCAAAGGAACAGCUCUCGGCUUAUUUUCUUUCGUUCUGUGCUACGUUUUCGGAAUGGGGCGCGGAGAGAUUCCAUAGCGUUGUUCUUCCUUACUUUCAGAAGUUCGUCAAUUCCUCAUGGCAAGAGCAUGAAUACGAGUUAUGUUUGACUUUGCUCCGGUUGAACCAGGCAGGUUGUAUCACUUCGGAAGUCUCUAAACCUGGCUAUGUCACCUGCCCAACUCCCUGGAAGGCCCGUAUCAAGGACAUGCUGGGCAGCCAUGGGCCCAGUGCCACUGAAGUGGCUCUUCUCAAUGCAUAUUCGAAGCUUCCCAGCGCCAUAUCUCUGACCACGGAACCCUCUCUUCUACCCGAUAUGACUCGCAGUCUUCAUGAUCAUUUAUCCCGCGUCUUGAACGAGAGUGAACUUGAUGUAUCCACCUCCACAAAAUUCUUCCUUGGCCAAGGUUUUAAGUCCUAUGUGAAUUUGGCUGCUUCUAAUGAAGGUGUCGAUUCGGCCCUUUGGAGUGAAAUCGGCUCUGCUGCUGCAAAAUACUCAAGGGUUCAACCGUUCCUCGAAGCGAUCUUGGCUUAUGUGUCGAGUUGCUCCACGAAGCUGGAUUUCGGACAACCCGCGCUGGAAGAUUUCGCAAACGUUUUAAUUACCAACCUCGCGGGCCCUUCCCAAGAAGUUAGAUUGUUGUCGUUGAAAAUCCUGCGAGAGUUGGUACAAGCUUCAGGAGAAGAUCCUGCGCCCAUUUCUUUGGCCAUAGAAGUUGAAGAUAGCCCGCUUAAUCUGCAGACUGCACGAGUACUGUCGAUGCAUGUCCGCAAGCUUGCCAUCCUCUACCCGCAAGUGGCUUCUCAGCGAUGGAUGGCCAGGUUGAUCCCCAAUUUCUGCUUUGGUCUAUUCUCAAAGAAAUUGGCACCGCUGUGGGAGGAUUCGGCUGCUGCGCUAAAGUCGAUCAGCGAGCAUUCAGCAGGCGAAAACAUCGUUUCGGACCUGGCAUUUCAGUGGCUUCAGGAGCGCGGCUCGACCGAUACCGCGGAUAAAGCGGACGACGAGGCCGAAUACCAUACAACUGGAAAUUUUAAAUGCUUCAAUGCGGCUAAUAUUGAAGAUCGUCUUGCCUCUCAUUUCAAUGCUGCGGUGCCGCCCAGUUCAAAGCUAUUGGAAGGGUUCGAGAGAGAUCAUGAGCUCUCUGAUGUCGUUCCUGUGGCCCCUCGAACCCAUGCUCUGCGUGUCCUUAAUGCAGCACCUGCUCUCGCCGAGAAGAAAUCGCGCCUGAUUGUCCCCCUGUUCCUUGCGUGGGCAUUACGCGAUGACGAUGAUGCCGAAAGCGCCGACGAUUCAUACAUUCCUUGGGGAUUCCAUGACCGGUUGUCGUUCCUUGGGCUGCUCGGAAAGUUUGCCAAUCCUCGGGUGCUGUUCAAGGCAUCAGAGGUCCAUGACGCCCUUCUUGGACUGCUCUGCCAUGGUAAUUCAGAGAUUCAAAAGUCCGCGCUCAAGGCUCUAUUUACCUGGAAAUCACCGAACAUUAUGCCGUACCAAGAAAAUCUGUUGAACAUUCUGGACGAGUCACGCUUCAAAGACGAGCUUUCUGUUUUCGUACAUGUUGGUGGUGACGACAGCUUGAUUGAAGAAGCCCAUAGAGGUGAACUUCUUCCGGUCCUCUUACGCCUCUUGUAUGGACGAAUGAUUUCGAAAGCUAGUGCAAGUGGCCAAGCUGGCCAAGUUGGACGCAGAAAGGCGAUUUUGCGGACGUUGUCACAGCUCCCCGAUAGCGAAUUCGAAAUUUUCAUACGGGUAUCGUUUGGUCCUCUUGGAGAUGUCUCCUUGUUACAAGAGGGGCAAGUCAACCAAGAAGCAUUUGCUCGAGACCUGGUUAGCCCCAGGAGGCAGAUGGGACUGCUAAGGAUGAUCGAAACAGUGUUCGACACGCUGCAAAGCCGAAUGGCUCUAUAUGCCCAGCGAUCCAUGGACGCGGUCCUAUACUGUUUGGUCAGAGCCUGUCGAGAGCUAGAGAAAGACCACUCCGAUAUCGCUGCGGAUUCUCCUGAAGGAAGACUGUUGACCGUGUUCCGCAACAUCCGGCAUACUUGUAUCCGUUGCCUUGAGCUGAUCUUCGCCGUCUCUCUGGACAAAGACUGGUCUGCGUACAUUCGUCUCAUCUUCGACGAAGUGAUCAACCCUCGUCUUCAAAAUUUCGCGAUCGAGACGGCUCAAGGAGUUUCGGGUCUACUGAGGCUGUUCCAUACCUGGGCCUCCGCCCCCAGGUCCUCUUUCUAUCUUGUGCGCCACAACAAUGCCGUCCUCACCAGAGUCGUCGACUGUCUCAGCGUGGAAUCUGCUCGCGACGAGGUCAAGGUGUACGUGAUGGACGAGAUUCUGGUCCCUCUUAUCAGACUCGCUAGUGGAAAAGAGCUGGAAGAGAAAGAAGAAAUGAGCGACUUCUCGGCAGAUGAGAUUCGAUCCGAAGUCUUGUCACCUUAUAUCGAGCAUACACUCUCUCACCUUGGCCGCCUCCUGAAACGUGGACCUUCCCGUACGGUCUUGAUAUCUGGGGUACAGACCAUCUCUCUCCUGGCACCAUGUGUCGAAUCGUUCCAGGAAACCACGGAACUGGUGAGCAUCACGACAUAUCUCCUGCGUCAACCAGCGGAUAGAGUGUCUCCCAAAACCAAGUCUGGUCUCCUGCGCAUCCUCGAACACUUCCUGCCUCUCUUCAACCCUGAGGAAGAUCCAAAGUUAUUUCAAGAGGUGUUUGACGCAGUUUCGUCCAUGUUUGAUUACUUCAGAGAUGAUGCGAACCGAGAGGUGUUGUCCAGGGUUUUCGCGGCUUUUGUGAAACACGAUACUGCUCUAGAUAAAGUGGCCGAGCUCUGUGCGGACCUGAACUCGAUCUCUAGAAAGAAACUGGAAGUUGACUACGAGCGUCGUCUCCAAGCCUUCGCACAAAUCAAUGAUAGUCUUUGGGAGACCCUGGAUGCGAAACAGUGGCGUCCCCUCCUCUAUAACAUGUUAUUCCAUGUGAAGGAUGAAGAUGAACUUGCUAUCAGGUCAAGUGCUUCCUUUGGACUGAAGCGGUUCAUUGAGAGAGCGACCAAGGAAGAGGGGGCCGGCGCUGAUGAGUUUGAACCCCUCGUCAAAGAAGUUCUAUUCCCAGCUUUGCAGAGCGGAAUCCGACAGAAAUCAGAGCUGGUUCGGACCGAAUUCGUGUCUACUCUUGGCUACUUUGUCAAAAUGAAUCCCACCAGGCCAAAUGUGCAAGAUAUGCAUGGGCUUCUCGUUGGUGACGACGAGGAGGCGUCGUUCUUUACGAAUAUUCUCCACAUACAACAGCAUCGCCGUCUUCGAGCUCUCCGCCGUCUUGCUGGCGAAGCAGCGAAGGGUAGUCUCCAGGCUUCGAAUAUCAGCACGAUUUUCAUUCCACUCAAUGAACACUUUGUUUUCGACCAGGAAGUCGAUGAAGGUGGUCACAAUUUGAUUGCGGAAGCCGUUGCCACAAUCGGAGCCCUUGCAGAAUGGUUGGACUGGAACCAAUUCAGAGCCAUCUUUCGGAGAUACCGUGGGUACAUGCAGAGCAAGUCUGAGAUGGAAAAGAACAUUUUGAGGCUUCUAGGGAGAAUGGCGGAUGCCUUAAGCAACGCAAUGAGCCAAAAGACAGUGGUUCAGAAGACCGGCGACGACAGCAUGGAAGGCAUUGAGGUCUCCGCGCCCUCCAAGUGCAACCUUGCUCGGACUAUGCCGUCGCCUGCUAAGGUCGCUACAGAACUGACCACAAAUUUCAUUCCUUUCCUGACUGACUUCAUCCACCACAAAGAUGAGGCUCAGAUGAGCUUGCGUCUACCAGCUGCGAUCACUACAAUCAAGCUUCUGAAGCUGUUACCCGAGCGGGAUAUGGCAAUUCGUCUGCCUCCUGUUCUUUUGGAUGUAUGCAGCAUUCUCAAAAGCCGAUCUCAAGACGCGCGAGACACCGCUAGAAAGACACUUAAUGAGAUUGCCCUUCUGCUGGGUCCUAACUAUUUCGGAUACAUUCUUAGGGAACUUCGCAGCACGCUCACGAAGGGUUAUCAACUUCACGUUCUUUCCUUUACAGUUCACUCGAUGCUCGUGGCGACGACUGAUGAUUUCCAGCAAGGAGACUUGGAUUACUGCCUAGCGGAUCUCAGUGCCGUAGUGAUGGAUGACACCUUUGGGGUGGUUGGCCAGGAGAAAGAUGCGGAGGAUUAUGUGAGCAAGAUGAAGGAAGUCAAGAGCAGUAAGAGUUAUGAUUCGAUGGAACUGCUGGCGAAGAAUGCGACUGUCCGAAAUCUUGCGAAUCUGCUGCGGCCAUUGGAGUCCUUGUUGCGUGAGAAGCUAAACUCUAGUAUGGUCAAAAAACUCGACGAACUCUUGCGGAGAAUUGGAGUGGGUUUGUUAAGGAACCCAGGCGCUGAAAGCCGUGACAUCCUCGUAUUCUGCUAUGAAGUCAUCAAGGAGACAUAUCGCGAUCCGGCGGAAGUUCAGAAAGAGCCCUCCGUUUCGUUUCGUGAACAACGUUAUUUGGUGAACCUCAAAGGCGCAAAGAGAGGCGACAAACGUGGGACGACCUCUUCUCAUAUCUACAAGCUGACUCGGUUUUCGCUCGAUGUGUUGCGCUCAGUACUCAACAAAUAUGACUCCCUGCUCACCCCUACCAACCUGGCUGGCUUCAUCCCCAUCAUCGGCGAUUCGUUAAUACAGGCCCACGAGGAAGUGAAGAUCGCGGCUGUUCGCCUGUUGUCGACUAUCAUCAAGCUUCCUCUUGCAGAUAUUGAUGACAAUGCUCACGUCUAUUUCACCGAAGCAGUCAAGAUCAUCAAGGAGGCACCAAGUACCAACACCGAGGCUGCACAGGCGUCCUUGAAGUUAGUGUCGGCUAUGCUGCGAGAGAGGAAGAGCGCUAAACUCAGAGAUGGGCACCUGGCGUACCUCCUCCAACGUCUGGUCUCCGACAUCGAAGAGCCAGACCGCCAGGGCGUGACGUUCAACUUCAUUCGCGCGGUCAUGGCCAGGAAGUUUGUGGUACCCGAAAUCUAUGAGUUGAUGGACCACAUUGGAGCCAUGAUGGUCACGAACCAAACUCGUUCGGCUCGUGAUCUGGCACGCGGCACCUAUAUUCACUUCUUGAUUGAGUAUCCUCAAGCCAAGAAUCGAUGGGCGAAGCAACUGAGUUUCCUGGCUAAGAACUUGGACUACAAGCACCAAGAAGGUCGUCAAUCUGUGAUGGAAGCUGUACACAUGCUCUUGGCCAAGACAGGAACCGAAUUGGCUCAAGACAUCGUGGGUACAUUUUUCUUGCCGGUGGUCAUGGCCAUGGCGAAUGACGAUGCACCUGAGUGCAGAGAAAUGGCAGGUGCGCUACUUGGCGAGCUCUUUAGUAGAGCGGACAGGGAACAAAUGAAGUCCAUGCUCACACCCAUCCGGUCUUGGCUCGAGCAAACCGAAAACCCUCUUCUGACCAGUACUGGGUUACAAGCAAUGAGGGUCUACUUCGAGGUUGAGGAGACAGAGAAGGACAAAGAAGCCCGUUUUGUCAUGGGAAUCCUCCCCGAGAUCAUGCAGCCAAUUCUUCAGAGCGACGAGACUGAACAUUGGGAAGUGCUUUACUUCGCCUUGCAGCUCCUUACUAAGCUUUGCAAGGCCGUCCCUGCUGUGGCUCUAGCCAAAGAGCGCGGUCCGAUCUGGGCUGCUGUUCGAGAGUGCCUGUUUUACCCUCAUGCUUGGGUCAAGACUUGCGCCUCUAACCUUGUCGGUACAUGGUUUGCAGAUCUAGGCAGGACUAAUGCUGCGAAUGGCUAUGGGUCGAUUCCAUUGGUUGGCUCUACAGGUCUGGCGCUCGACAAGGACGCCAUGCUACAGUUGAUCCGCGCCUGUCUCCGCUGUCUCCGCACUCCUGGUAUAAGUGAAGAACUUGCUAUGCAAACCGUCCGCAACGUUAUCUUCCUUGGCCGGUGUUGCGCACAGAACGGUCUUGUGUUCCCCACCAGUGGGUCUAAAGAUGCUGAAUUGAGCGAAAGCGACAGUGAAGACGAAGACGAAGGCGACGAAGAAAACGUUAACGGGCACACGGAGCGCUUUGACAAGCCUGCCAUCCAGUACAUUUUCCAGCAGAUCUCCUCAAUUCUACGCAGAGAACUCCUCACGACUAAGGCACAUUCACUGAUUCCCAAGAGCGCGUCCAUUGGUCUCCUCGCUGCCCUUUGCCGCCAUCUUGAAACCGAUCAGAUCCGGCCCUCGCUGCCCACGAUCCUUCUUCCUCUUCAACACUUGACCGACCCGUCAAUUCCCGCUCCUCGCUCGUCAGAUGAACGCUUCCGCGAGUCAUACAAGGCACUGGUCUCGAACUGCCAUGAAGUCCUCGACCUGCUUCAGAAGAAACUGGGCACUACGGAGUACAUCACCCAGAUGGCGUCUGUCCAGGACUCCAUCAAAGAGCGACGUGAGGGUCGUCGAAUGAAGAGACGCAUUGAGGCGGUAGCAGAACCCGAGAAGUACGAGCGGGACAAGAAGAGGCGAAACGACCGCAAGCGCGAGAAGCGCAAGGAAAAGGGAAUGGAACAACGGGGAAAGAGACGCGGCUGGUAG